UCUGUGGUAGCAGCGUCUGUCACAGCAAACUUGUCUCCACGCAGCCACAGCGCUCAGUUGCAGAUAAUCGUGAACCGGUGCAUCCAAGUUCAGCCGUUUAUCACGCCUAGCGGUCUUUACGUCCUAACCAGCCAGACUAUUUGCUAUGACGUGCCUUCCAUCUGUCCGUUACCGCAGCUGAAAAACAACAAUCAGACAUCUCAAUUGAAACAUUUUGGAAGUGUUUAUGCUGCAGUUAUGGCUGGCCUGCAUCGCACGCUUAUAUUUAGCUCCACACUGUUGUUCCUGUUGUCCUGUGACACCCUGUUGAGUGAUGGACCACCCACCCUGCUGUCCACCUCCCAGCCCUCUCCUCUGUCCCUCAUUGACCUGGACCUAGACGUGGAGGAGCAGCCUGAGAUGAUGACCGUUCCAGGCAGCCCGACCACGGUACCAGGCCUAACCUCACAGGGAAGGGAGACCUCCCAGCAGGACACGUCCCAGGAGUCCUCAGGGUUCUUCAGUGAGGACGGUGAAGACAACAAGCCUCUCCAGUCCUCUGUUAACCUCUGGGACAAUGACAGAGACCAAGUCAACAUCACUGAUCUAGACAGGAAGUCCCUCAGAGGUUACAGUCAAACCCUCUCCCAGUCCUCCACCUCUCCUAUGGAGGAACCCAGACAGGGGAACCACACUUCUCCUUUCAUGACUGCGAUGGAGAACCUGGAGCGGGAGUUAUGGGAGAUGGAGAGAGAGUCCAGCGGCCUCCCCGUAGAGCUUGGCUAUGCCCAGAACCUGGGCCUGUCUAGCACCACCACCAUCCCUGUUGCUGACCCGGUGUUUCCUGUAGAAUCCACCACCUUAGACCCACAAUAUGUCCCAGUACACGGGGGCCAGGAAUCACCUCCUGGGGACACAGUCGAGGUAGAGGAAGAGGAGAUGGAUGGGGAGAUGAAGAGGGAGAGUCCCACCACUGAGCCUGACGUCUCCAUCGCCACCUCCAGACCCACCCUCCCAGAGGUGGGUGUCUUCCCCAGCUUUGGGCCCCUCCAGCCGGACAACACUCAUACAGAAGACCGGGAGGAGGUGUUGGAGGAAGAGGAUGAAGAGGAAGAGGAGACAGUGGUCCUUGGAGGACCUGGGAGUGACAGGGGAAGAGGAGGGGCCAUCUCUCCCCUGACCACGGCCCCCUCUGCUUCUUUGGCCCCCACAGUCGGCUUCACAGAGGAGGGCCAGGAGGAGGAGGAGGAGAGGAGGCAGGAGGAGCAGGAGGUCAAACAUGGAGGAACAGAGCUGUUAACAGAGACAGAGCUCUCACAGGAGAUACAGCAGGUACAGGUGAUCUGUGUGGACUGGAGCGAUCUGGCUGGGAAGGGCUACAUCAUCCUCAACAUGUCAGACAGCGUUGACUGUGAUGAGUUCCGUGAGGAGAGUGGGGACCGGCUCCUGGAGCUACUAGAAACAGCCUUCUCUAGGAAGAUGGACAGUCCUCAGGGCUCCUGGCUCAUCUCUCUCUCUAAACCCACCAUGCAGGACCACCAGCUGCUCAUCACACUGGCCAGCGAACACGGAGUUAUUGCCACCAAGGAUGUGCUGUCGAUGUUAGGGGAGAUAAGGAAAGGUUUACACAAGAUUGGCAUCCAGAGCUACAGCAGUGCUAGCACCUGUCACUCCAGACCCAGUCAGACGCGUAGUGACUACGGGAAGCUGUUUGUGGUCCUGGUGAUCAUAGGUUCUGUCUGUCUGGUCAUCAUCGCAUCUGGUCUAAUCUAUAUCUGCUGGCAGAGACGCCUGCCUAAGCUGAAGACUAGGACUCGAGGUGAGGAGCUCCAUUUUGUGGAGAACGGCUGCCAUGACAACCCCACCCUGGACGUGACGAGUGACGGAGGGCAGCCAGAGAUGCAGGAGAAGAAACACCACCAUUACCAUCAUGCUAACGGACUGACGGCUGGGACCGGGUCUGGGGGGAUGGCCGGGGGGGAGGGAGGGAGCAGUGGCUGGCAGGUCCUGGUCAACAAACCUGGAGGGAAGGAAGAGGAUAAUAUGGAAGAGGACACACACCUUUAGUAAAGAGAAGAAGAAGAGUGAAGGAGGAUGGAAAAAAGGUAGCCUGGAUCCAGAUCUGUUUGUGCUGUCUUGCCGACUUCUUAUAGUCAUUGUCACAUUUGGCUUGGUAAAGACGGCACAAACAGAUCUGGGAGUCGGACUAGGCUAGAAAGAGAACUCAUGAUGAAGAAGCAAAAAAAACAUCAGUGUUGUGAAACUUGUGAAUGCAUCGGCUGUCAAAUUAGAAACACACACACAAAGUAAAUUAAUCAGAAGAAACAACUUCUUUAAGCUACUUAGAUGUUUUAUCUAUUGACUAUGAUUAUAUGAUUAUAUGAUAUGGACUUGAUCAUCUACUCUGCUUUUUUGUCAACUAAGCAUGAUUCACAUCUAUUACUAAACACUGUACAGCUACAGGGACUUUUCAGAAUGUUGAAACAUUGAAUGUUAGAAUAUCCAAUCUGAAUGAAUAGAGGAGAUAUCCCUCUGUUAUGAGUAUGAAUGUUCGUAGUGGAACUGUUGAAGUUAGGAUAUUGUAUUUAACAUGUUGAAUGCAGACUUAAACGCUAUAUGCUAGCUAUUCUGUAUUAUGUAAAGUUGGAAUGGCUGCUCUGCAUCUGGUCAGUUCACACUGAUCUUAGUUCGAAAUCACACAAUAAUUUGGAGGCAUCCAUUACUCCCAGCCUCCUUACAAUCAAGAAUAAGUCAACAAAAUAACUAGUUUGGUUGCCGGAUCUGAUUGCUUUAGUAAACUGAUCUCUGGCUGCUGUGGCAUGGUAACAAACAAGGGGUUGGCUAAAGCACAAGCACAUCUGGCAACCAGACUGCCAAACAACAGAGGGAGGCUGGCAGUAUUUAAAAUGCUUUCAGUUAUAGUUAUAUAUAUCACACUGAAUUAUCUGAUUAUAAGCACAGCUAAUAUUGUUUUGGGCUAUUAACUAGAAGUGAAGGCCUGUAAAUAUGAAUGUAAUUUGAAGUCAUGCUGCUAUAAUUUCUUCUGUGGCGUUAAUGACAUUCUGUCAUUUAAAUGUGAACUAUAUAUCUUCUCUGCCUGACAGUAUUGCCACUGCUUCAAAAUGGUGGGAUAUGUUUUUAGUGCACAGUCAGCUUGAGGUCAGCUUAUUUUACAGAAAGGGAACAAUAUCACCAAGCAGGCAUGCUGGCACACAUCGCCCAUAGCCUACACUGUGCUUGGCCUAUAAGUAUUUGAAAUGCUUAAAUCAGUAACACAAGCUAAAACUGUUUUGUGUGUGUGUGUGGGGGGGGGGUGUUAGCUUCCAAAAAUAGUAUAUUGUAGGGAUAGGCUACUAAACUAAUGCUGUCCCCUCCUCGUUUGUUGUAUUUCGCAUGACUAAACAAGCAGAUAGCCACUAUGUGUUUUAAAUUCUGUAUUGGAGGGUUGACCUCGCCAGGGUUGUGUUCAUUAGGCAUCAAACGGAAGAAAACUGACUGAAUCAGGGAGGGACUACUUGACUUGUCCAAUAAGAAACACACAUUUUCAUAUUCCGUUGCAGGAUGUUUUAAAACAUUUUCCGUUGCGUUCCCUAAUGAACACGACAGAGGAAAGUUCAGAGAAUAGGAGAACCAAUUAUUUAUAUAUACACUAAAUGACUGAUAGGGGGCGCUGUGUUGAAGCCUCCGUGCCUCCAUCUUGGUACUCCUCCUCCAUUGUAAUGACGCCAAUGAGCAGCCAUCUUGGUACUCCUCCAUUGUAAAACAUUUUUUGUGAAGCUAUAUAAAUCCAUUUAUUAAUGUCUACAUUCGUUAUAAAUUAUAUUAUGUGAGCUAAACAUAUAUAUAUAUAUAUAUAUAUAUAUAUAUAUAUAUAUAUAUAUAUAUAUAUAUAUAUAUAUAAAAACAUACUAUUUAGAGAUUACUAAUGUUACUGUCCCCACUACAACAACAAAAAUUACUUUAAAAUGUAAUUUUGUCCUUGAACAUUUAAUUGAAAUACUGUAGAAUUCCAUUCAUUCCUGUGGAGGACUGCUCUUACUGGGGAGUACCAGCAUGGCGUCCCGAAGGCUUCAAAACCUCUCAAUGGCCAAUACAUAGCAUUGGUCUGAGAAAUCAGCAGUAGGUCUAUGUGGGCUGCUCCGAUGUAUUGCUCGUGCAGUGUUGUCUCUAUCCACUUGAAAGCUACACUGCGAUAAGUGUGGCUCAGUGUCGUUAAAAUGUCGAUGUUAUUGAUGAAGUAAUAUCGCAUCUUUGAGUGUCAUCAAGUUUUGUGUGUGUUAUUUCUAUUAGAAGUGUACUGACCUUGUCCCCAGGCUCCAUUGCUACGACAGAAAGAAAGGGAGAUGGCUGGAGACGAGAUUAGAAGAUUUGUUAUUUUGAUUUAUAAAUGAACAUGAUUUCUAGUUUUUCCCCACAACUUUUUGUGCGAAAUUUUGUUUUUUUAAACUCAUAUUAGUUUUCAUUAAUCUUUCACUGUUUUGGAUUUAUGUAUCAUGUAAUAUAUAGAAAAUAAACGUUUGGGAAAUGUU